AUGGUGAUGGGGAUCACUUGCGCCAUCUUGAUGAGACUGCUGUGGGCCAACUCGUGGGACGUAAGUGUAGCGAAGAGGAUGCAGAGGCUGGAAGCUGAUAUGUUUGUGCAUUACGACACGAAAAAGAUACCGCACCAGAACAGGGUCAACAUCAUGACGCCAAAAAUGAUGACAACCCCAAAUGAUCCAGAGCACGCGGGUGGCAUUCUAAAGUUGAAAGCAUCUGAGACGUAUGUGGUGUUGAAAUUUGCAAUAUAUGAGCUUGAAAAGUUUCCCAUAUGUGAUACCUACCAGGGCAAGGAGCUGUUGGAGGCCGCCCGUGCACUGGUGACGUGGGUACAGACAGUGCGUGAGUCUGGAGCCCAGCUGACGCGUGACCAGUACCAGACUCUCCUGGACUGUGCCAACCGCACGCUGGCAUAUGCCGACCAAGCGGGAGUUUGGCCUACACCGAAGUUCCACACGUUCGGCCAUGUCACUGCCAGGAGCUGGCGCAUGGGGAACCCAUCGGUCUACGACACUUUCGUCGACGAGGCCCUGAACCUCGCAUUGCCUCGGCCUGGCUCUUCCGACAUAGUGGAGCACGAGAUCUACGAAGGUUGCCACAUGGAGAAGAGGUCGCCGCUGCAGAAGAAAAGGAAGAUCACGCUGGCCACGAGGCCGACGUCCGCGCUGAAGGCUGUAGCUCCAGAGAAGGAGGCAGAGUGGCAGGCAAAGUGGCGGCCAUGGCCAUGGCAUGCUGACAGCUCGCGGUGGAACUCGGGGUGGACUGCCGAUGCCUCGUGGAAGAAGGCGGCCGCCGAGGGGCCGCCGCUGGCCCUGCCGUUGGCCCCGCCGCGGGGCCCGAACGCUGGUUCCGGCGAGCACGGGAAGAGAGUGAAGUCGCUGGCCGACAUGCUCGACAGCCUGCAGCCCGCGGCGAUGGCCGUCGCGCCGCCCGAGGGCGCCUUCGGGUGUGCCGACGACACCGCGGCCGCCUGCGGGCCCCUUCGGCCGCUGGAGGGCGGGUUCGACAUCCCCGGCGCCGCGAAGCGGAAGUUUAGGCUGGAGUACUGGCAAGAGAAGAACAUAGCCAUAGGCGUGCCCUCAUCCGCUGCGCUCUCUCCCGCGUACCUGCGCUGCCCGAUUCUGCUCGGCUGCGCCUCGCUGCAGAGCCGACUGCCUGGCGCUCUGCUCUGGUGCGCCUGCCUCGCUCUUCUCCGGCUGCCGCCCGUCCGCUUCUGCGCCUUCGUCUCGCUUCGCCCGGACAACCGCCGUGCGGCCAUGGCCUUCCUGGACGAGCUCCGGCGGCGGAGGGACGGAGGUGCGGCGGUUGCCCCCGCGGCGGGUGAGGAGGCUGCCGGCGCAGGCAAGCCCACCUUCCGGCGCCCGGCGCCCGGCGCUGGAGCGGCGCCCCCGGCGCCGGUCGCCAGCCGCGCAGCCACGCCCGCGGCGGAGGCGGGCGCCGUCGUCGCGGAGGAGUGCCUCGCUGGCGCGGCGCGCCGUGCGCCGCGCCGCGCGGCGGCCGGCCCCCCAGGCCAGCCCCAGGAGGCCGCCGACGUGAGGGCGGCGAAGAAGCGAGGCGUCGUGCCGGCCGCGGCAGCGGUCGACGAGGAGGACGCCGACGACGGCGCCAGGGCCGGCGGCGGCUGCGAGAGCGCGGCCCCGCAGGUCGGAGGAGGCGCCGCCGCCUGUGUCUUCAAGGGCGCGGCUCGCCGCCCCCCCGCAGCUGGGAGGCGUCGGGUCUGCGCUGAGGACCAAUAG